AAACCACCGCAACUGGUCGUUUGUUCCGGUCUCUGCAUCGAUGGCUGUGAAUCCCUCGACGCGCUGCCCGCCCCCGCUGCACUGGCGGCCUCUUCCUUCUCGCCCGAAUCUCGCUUUCUUCAACAGGAGCUCGUCUCCGGGACCCGGUUUUUUCAACGAGGCCCCUUCUCCGAGGCUCGUAUCCGUUCGUUCCCACAAGCCUGGUCCAGACGGGUUCGGGGCCAAGAGACCGCUGGAUUUGCAGGAGUCCGAAGCUCCGAUCGGAUCUUCGGCUUCGCACUCUUCUUCGUCUGCGAUUGAUUUUCUUACAUUGUGCCAUCGCCUUAAGACCACAAAAAGGAAAGGAUGGAUCAAUCAUGGGAUAAAGGGUCCCGAGUCAAUUGCUGACCAUAUGUACCGCAUGGCUGUGAUGGCUUUGAUUGCUGGUGACCUUCCUGGUGUGAAUAGGGAAAGGUGUAUUAAGAUAGCAAUUGUGCAUGAUAUUGCAGAAGCUAUUGUUGGAGAUAUAACACCCUCUGAUGGUGUGCCCAAAGAAGAAAAGAGCAGAAUGGAGCAGGCAGCUUUAAAUGAAAUGUGUAAAGUUCUUGGUGGAGGGAUGAGAGCUGAAGAGAUCAAAGAACUUUGGCGGGAAUAUGAAAAUAAUUCAUCUUUAGAAGCUAAUCUUGUGAAAGAUUUUGACAAAGUUGAAAUGAUAUUGCAAGCACUAGAGUAUGAAACCGAACAUGGGAAGGUGCUGGAUGAGUUUUUCCUUUCAACUGCAGGAAAGUUUCAGACGGAGUUAGGAAAGAAUUGGGCUGCUGAAAUCAUUUCGAGAAGAAAUUCGAGGUUGGCAAACCGGCAUACAUGAUGAUGCUUUUGUGUUGCUGUCAGGUGAAAUCGACCUUCUUUGGACUUCUCUGUGACCCAUAAAAUGUCCAUCCUGUUAACCAUUUUUUUCCUUGUUCAUUGUUCUUGAAUGCGGUAGGAUAAUUAGCUAUGUUGUAGGACCAAUCAAUACAAAUAACCGAACAACCAAAGCAGUCAUGUAUUGCAUCCUGUGGUGCUAGCUUCUUCACAAGUACUGUUUUCGAUGUUGUGGACGUAGUCCGUCUGGAAAUGGAGGUGUAUCCUCCCAUACCUAUUUUUCAAGAAAAAAAUUAAUAAUAAAAAAUAUUAUAAUUUUUAAA